AUGACCCUUGCGGCAGAACUUUUUGCGAAGAUUGAGGCGGCGAAAGUGGCUUCACGCGUGUUGCUUUUCUCUCUGGCUGUAAUGCUGUUCCAUGGCAUCUAUCAACGAAUGCGGUCACACCAGGAGUCCACGCACCCGCGGAGGCUUGUUAGAAGACUCAGCGAGCCCCGCAAGCGACCCGGCGUUCAUUUUGACAGAACACUUCUUCGUCGUAUUAUUGAACUUCUACGCGUCUGUUUUCCCCGCAUAGUUUCUGCAGAAUCGGGGUUGGUGCUCUUGCUGACAUCUCUCCUUAUGCUCCGUACCACGUUAACGCUGACGUUUUCCCAAAUAUCUGCAAGCAACACCAAGGCACUUAUGCAAAAAAAUUUUAGGCACUUUAUUUUUGGUUUGCUCGAUGUUGCGGUGUACGCCAUCCCUGCUACAAUCACUGGCGUUGGUAUUAAUUACGCGACUGCCACGCUGGAGCAAUGUUUUCGUGGGAACUUGCAGAACGCCCUCCACCAGGAAUACUUUGAGGGCUGCAAGAUGUAUGAUUUGGCAAUAAAAGGCCUUGUGGACAAUCCGGCUCAUCGCGUGACACACGAUGUGCAGCGGUUCUGUAGCGAGUUAUCAGGUCUUUUUCCUGCCGUAAUAAAGCCGAUUUUGGAUAUCGCCAUCUUUUCUUCGGCGCUGGCUGGUUUUGGCGGUUAUGGGGUUCCGCUUGUAAUGAUGUUGUACUACGCGUUUGUUGCCUUGAUGUUUCGCAUGCUGUUGCCGAACUUUGCGGGUUGGGUAGCACGAAGUCGGGAAAAGGAGGGUAAUUUGCGUCUUCUGCACACACAAUUAAUUCAACACGCGGAGGAGGUGGCGUUUUAUCGUGGCGCGGAGAUAGAAGGCGAAAAUGCCGAGCGGCUUUUGGAAUCAUUUAUUUGCGUGGAACGACGCCUAAAACGGGCGAAGUGGUGGAGCACCUUUAUAAAUGGCAUAUUGGUCAAGUAUGCUGCGACUGGCGUUGGUUACGCCGUGUGUGCCGUUGUGGUUGCCCGGGAGAAGGGCCGUCUAGACGCGGCGGCAUUGACACAAGUCUUCGUUCGUUGCACGCAGCUCUACAUUCCACUCUCUCUGGCGAUGGGAAGAUUGUUGUCACUCCACCUCAAGGUUAGCUCAUUGUGUAGCAGUGCCCAUCGUGUGGGGGAGCUGCGAGAUGUGCUUUCCGCCAUGGAGGGAGUAGACCAGGGUGCCUUAUCAAAGAUAGUGGAAAUACCAAAUGGCGAUGAAAUUGUGUUUAGAGAUGUGGUCAUCGUUUCCCCCAGCGAUCAAAUUGUGUUGCUUGAUUAUACGGCAACUUUUAAGGCUGGACGCCACCUACUGAUCAUGGGUUGCAACGGGGCUGGUAAGACAGCUCUCCUGCGGACGCUCUGUGGGUUAUGGCCACUGCGGAGUGGCACUGUGGAGCGGCCCGCCAUGCCUGAGCUGAUGUUCUUGACGCAGCGGACCUAUCUUCCACCAGGCACACUUCGUACACAACUUAUCUACCCUGCAGUGGAGGGAGAGGAGCAGGCCCGCAGAAUGCCCGACGAGAUGCUCCUGCAACUUGCAGCAGAGGUCGGCCUGAAUGGUGUUGUGGAGCGUGAGGGAGGAUUAGAUGCUGAGAAGGAGUGGGGUGAAGUUUUUUCUGGUGGUGAGCGACAACGCAUUUCUAUCGUCCGUGCCAUGUGUCAUUGCCCCACCUUUGUUUUUCUCGACGAAUGCACCAGUGCCAUUUCGCAGGACGUAGAGCCUGCUUUGUAUGAGUUGCUGCAGCUUCGCGGUGUGACUUUGGUUACUGUUUCCCAUCGUGAGGCAUUGAAGGCUCUCCACCAUGAGACUUUGAUUUUGGACGGCAUGGGCGGUUACAACAUGUCCGUGCUGGGAGAUUCCCAAUAA